AACGAGGAUCCAGAAAUGGAUGAAAGCGAAAUGACAGAGGAUGAGGACGAAGAAGAUGACGACCAAGAAAAUGACCCUAGCGUAUACACACCAUAUCGCCGCAGUGGUUACAGAUAUUCUGGUUACGGAAACUCUCGUUAUGGAAUCAGACGAGGCAGUGGAAUUGUCGGAAGACGUGUCUUAGGAAGUCGUAACAGAAUCAAUGUUGGUUCCGGUAUUGGUAAAUUAGGAAGUGUUGGAAUCAUUGGAGAACGACGAUUAGGAGGACGCCAAAUCCUUGUUGGAUCAGGUCUUGCAGGUAUAGGAUUAGCUGGACGUGGUUUAGUUGGAGGUAAAGGAUACGGAGGAUACGGACUGGCUGGACGCGGAGGAAUCAUUGGAUCAGGUCUUGUUGGGCGAGGUUUAGUUGGAAAAAGGGGGCAUCUUGGAGCCGGCCUUAGAGGACACGGUUUAGUUGGAGGUCGAUCUGCUCUUGGAGUACGCGGAUCUAUUGGAACUGGAAAAGGAGUUUCUGUUGGAUAUGGGUCAUAUUGGGAUGAAAGCAACGAAAUGACAGAGGAUGAAGACGAAGAGGAUGAAGAAAGUGAUCCAAGCGUAUACGGAUCUUACGGACGCAGUGGUUACGGAUAUUCUGGUUACGGAAACGCUCGGUAUGGAAUCAGACGAGGCAGUGGAAUCGUCGGAGGACGUGUCUUGGGAGGCUUAGGCGGACUAGCUAAGGUUGGUAUCCGAGGUGGUAACAGAUUUACUGUUGGUUCCGGUAUUGGUAAAUUAGGAAGGGCUGGAAUCAAUGGAGGACAGCGAUUAGGAGGACGCAAACUCCUUGUUGGAUCAGGUCUUAGAGGUAUAGAAUUAGCCGGACGUGGUUUAGUUGUAGGUAAAGGAUACGGAGGAUAUGGGUUAGCUGGAGGCAGAGGAAUCAUUGGAUCAGGUCUUGGUGGGCGAGGCUUGGUUGGCAAAAAUACUCUUGUUGGAGGUCGAUCUGCUCUUGGAGUACGCGGAUCUAUUGGAACUGGAAAAGGAGUUUCUGUUGGAUAUGGGUCAUAUUGGGAUGAAAGCAACGAAAUGACAGAGGAUGAAGACGAAGAGGAUGAAGAAAGUGAUCCAAGCGUAUACGGAUCUUACGGACGCAGUGUUUACGGAUAUUCUGGUUACGGAAACGCUCGGUAUGGAAUCAGACGAGGCAGUGGAAUCGUCGGAGGACGUGUCUUGGGAGGCUUAGGCGGACUAGCUAAGGUUGGUAUCCGAGGUGGUAGCAGAUUCACUGUUGGUUCCGGUAUUGGUAAAUUAGGAAGGGCUGGAAUCAUUGGGGGACAGCGAUUAGGAGGACGCAAACUCCUUGUUGGAUCAGGUCUUGGAGGUAUAGGAUUAGCCGGACGUGGUUUAGUUGUAGGUAAAGGAUACGGAGGAUAUGGGUUAGCUGGAGGCAGAGGAAUCAUUGGAUCAGGUCUUGGUGGGCGAGGCUUGCUUGGCAAAAAUACUCUUGUUGGAGGUGGUCUCGGAAGACACGGAUUAGUAGGAAUCCGAUCAGGUCUUGGAAUACGUGGAUCUAUUGCAAAUGGAAAAGGAAUUUCUAGAGGAUAUGGACCAUAUGGAGAUGAAUCUGAUGAUUAAACAAAAUAAAUAUAAUAAUAUUUUUUGGGGUGAAAAUCAAUAUAUAAUUUAUAUUUUCCUUGUAUAAUAUGAGUUGAUUAUUUCGGUGUAUGGAAUAGUAUUUGAAAUGAAGCUUAGUUGUUUUGAUUCUAGUACAUCUCGUAUUCAUAUGAUAAGUAUUGACAAAAUAAAAAAAAAUGUUCUUAAAAGUAUUAAAAAAGAGAACGUAAAAAAUGUGGGUGUGAAUUUAUUUUUACCGCUGCUAAAUUUUGUUCGUAGAUUAAUGAAACAAAUUUUAGCAAAUAAGA